CCGAAAACAGAAGCGAAGCCCCUUCUUAAUCUGUGUUCUGAAGGGGUGAUACGAGUUAGGGCUGUAGAAUUAUAAGCGAGGAGCAUAUAUAAGACUGUUGGAUUACAGCACUCCCGAUGGCUCGGAUCGACGCCCGCCAACGCCUGCUAAAUCUUUUGCGGAUCAGAGCUAGUUAGGUAGUUACCUGCGGCUGUCAUCAUGGCCCGGCUUCUCGACUUAUUCUUCGGCCUUGGAGCAGCCCUGCUCCCCAGCUUGGCGUCCGCCUACGCCCUGCCGGAGGCCUGCAGCGGAGUCUGCACCAACAGCCACGACCCGUCCAUCAUCCGCCGCGCCGAUGGCACCUACUUCCGCUUCUCGACCGGCGGCAAGAUUGCCGUCCACACGGCGCCGGCGCUGACGGGGCCGUGGACCUACCGGGGCGCAGCGCUGCCGAGCGGGUCGUCCAUCAACCUGCCGGGCAACCAGGACCUCUGGGCCCCCGACGUCGCCAAGGUGGGCGACUACUACUACCUGUACUACUCGGUCAGCACCUUCGGGUCGCAGAACUCGGCCAUCGGCGUGGCGCGCUCGACCAGCCUGGACGUCGGCAGCUGGACCGACCUGGGCGCGACAGGGGUAGCUUCGGACUCGAGCAAGCCCUACAACGCGAUCGACGGCAACCUGGUGCAAGACGGGGACGGCAGCUACUUCCUGACCUUCGGCAGCUUCUGGCAGGACAUCCACCGCGUGCGCAUGACGCCGAUCAAGGCCAACGGCGCCGCGUACCAGGUCGCCUACGACGCCCAGGACACGGCGAUCGAGGGGCCCUUUGUGUUCAAGCACGGCUCGUACUACUACCUGUUCUUCUCCAAGGGCCAGUGCUGCGGCUUCGACAAGAACAGGCCCGCCGCCGGCAAGGAGUACCGCAUCCUGGUCUGCCGCGGCACCUCCGCCGUCGGGCCCUUCACCGACAGGGACGGCAAGUCGUGCCGCUCCGGCGGCGGGACCGUCGUGCUGCAGUCGCACGACUGGGUCUAUGGCCCCGGUGGCCAGGGCGUGUACCAGGACCCUACCCACGGACCGGUCCUGUACUACCACUACGUCGACACCCGUGUCGGCUUCGCGGACGGCCAGAAGCGCUUCGGCUGGAACAAGAUCAAUUUCUCCAGCGGCUGGCCCGUCGUCUGAACUGGGCAUACCCUUGAUCAGGGUACUCGUUGAGUGCAUUGGUGGAUCGACUUGGGAAGGACUUUCGCUUCUUGUAAAUUCGUUGCCUUGCCAGACUGAUCGCUUCGGAAGCGGAGCACAGGUGAUGGCGAUAUUGGUCCGUACAUAAUGCUUCAUGCCAAACACAUGGGCUUUGCCUCUGCCGUUGUAAGCAGAUCUUGGACCCGGUGCCACUAGCAUCUUUUUCUCCAGCGCGCCCCCUUUUGUGGUGAGCUUUCGGCUUGGCCACGACCGAGGAUUUAUUGUGGUCGUUUUGAUCCAUGGUCUUGCCUUGAUUAGGAGAUUCGCGCAUAGCGAGAUGAAUUGAGGGGCGGAACUUGAAAUCGC